AUGGCUGAAGAGGAGAAGAAGAGAUUCCUUGAAGGGAAUGAUAUGGAACUCGGCGAGAAGCAGGGCAGGACCUUUCAUCACGCUCCUCAGCCAUCAAUUCCGAGAUAUAAUCCGCCUUCACCAAAUUGGCAGAACAACCCCGUCCUGCCCGUUGUCUCCUACUGCGCUUCAUCGAUUUUAAUGACCGUCGCCAACAAAUACAUUCUCUCAUUUCCCGAUUACAACUUGAACUUUUUCCUUUUGGCAGUCCAAUCAAUCGUGUGUGUCGUUGCUAUCCAAUCCUGCAAAACCGCCGGCAUUAUCACCUACCGCGAUUUCAAGACAGACGAGGCAAAGAAAUGGUUUCCCAUCUCUCUCCUAUUGAUCGGGAUGAUCUACACCAGCACAAAAGCCCUACGAUAUCUGUCGAUUCCUGUGUACACUAUUUUCAAGAACUUGACCAUAAUCCUCAUCGCUUACGGUGAAGUUCUAUGGUUCGGCGGUUCCGUGUCGUCCAUGGCGCUCUUCUCCUUUGGCUUGAUGGUUCUCAGCUCUGUCAUUGCGGCCUGGGCGGACAUUAAGCAUGCCUUGGAAUCACACAGUUCUGCCGGUUCCGCCACUACGGCACAGUUGGCGACGCUGAACUCAGGAUAUAUCUGGAUGCUUGUCAACUGCCUGUCUACUGCCGCAUACGUGCUCGGAAUGCGCAAGCGGAUCAAGCUUACCAACUUCAAGGACUUUGACACAAUGUUCUACAACAAUCUCCUGACCAUCCCCAUCCUGCUGGUUUCCUCCUUGGUCGUCGAAGACUGGUCGGCCGUCAACAUUGCAAAGAACUUCCCCAUCGACGCGAGAAACGCAAUUAUCGGCGCCAUGAUCUUCACCGGCUUAUCCUCAAUCUUCAUCUCGUAUACCUCAGCCUGGUGCGUCCGAGCCACAUCCUCGACCACUUACUCCAUGGUCGGUGCCCUGAAUAAACUGCCUAUUGCAGUGUCUGGCCUGAUCUUCUUCGAUGCCCCAGUCACGCUCCCGAGUGUUUCAGCUAUUUUCGUUGGAUUCGUCAGUGGUAUCGUCUACGCGCUGGCCAAAGUUCGAGAAUCCUCGAAACCGAAAACAAUCCUUCCCACGUCCAGCACCAUGAGCGCUAGCAGCCAGAGCAACAGGGACAGCCUGAAGGGAUGA